GACGACCGCUUCUCAGUUCUCCCCCCUCACAAGAAGAUUGUCGCCAUGUCUCCGCCGUCCUUCCUCUUCCUCUUCCUCUUCCUCCUUUCUCUGCUCCAUGGAUGCACUUCGCUUCCUUCCAUCGGCGUCACGUAUUUCCCUCCUUCCACUACUCCCGCCGCCGCCGCCUCGAGUUCGCGGCUGCCGGCCCACGUAGCGGAAACGAUCGACUCUCUCCGGUUCUCAUAUGUCCGCCUCCCAGACUCGGAUCCAGCCCUAAUCCGAGCUUUCGCCUACACCAACAUCUCACUCCUGCUCGGGAUUCCCGAGCCGAUGGUUCCAGCCCUCGCAUCCAAUCGCUCCGCCGCCCUCCGCUGGAUCUACCGCCACGUUCUCCCUUUCUACCCCCGCUCCAAGAUCUCCCUGAUUUCUGUUGGGAACGAUAUCUUCAACUCUUCCCCUGACGUUUCCCCUUUUGUCCUCCCUGCCAUUCGGAACUUACGCUUUGCGCUCGUAGAUCUUGGCAUCAAGAAGAUCCCCGUCUCCACGACCUUCUCCUUCUUUAACAUCAUCACCACCGCUUUUCCGCCAUCUGCCGCCCAGUUCCAGCAACCCGCAGGUGACCUCAUCCUCAAUCCAUUACUCCAGUUCUUGGAAAAUACUAAUUCGUCAUUCUUGGUGAAUCUUUAUCCCUAUAACAUGUACAAACUCAACUGUGAGAUUCCAAUCGGGUUUGCUCUGUUUCAAGAUCAUCCUUGGAAUUUUAGGGAUGAUAUAAUCACAGGAGUAAGGUACAGGAAUCUUUUUGACAUGAUGGUGGACGCAGUGAUCAGUGCACUGGCGGUGUCGGGACAUGAGAAUGUUCCGUUGAUUGUGGCAGAGACCGGAUGGCCGAGUGCUGGAAUUGACACCGGAGAGGUCGACGCCACGGAUUUCUAUGCUGAGAUGUACCUUAAAGGGCUCGUGCACCACUUGAAAUCUGGCUUAGGCACGCCGUUGAGAAAAGAAGGGGUUUCGGAGUUGUACAUAUACGAACUGUUUGACGGUGAUUUGAAGGGAGGGAGCAAGAAUUGGGGCAUUUUGUUUCAGAACAUGACCCAGAAGUACAAGGUCGACUAUUCUGGAGCAGGGGAUGCAGAGAAGAAAAAUUUUGUGGCCCUGGUGGUUUUCUUUCUGGUAGUGAUCCUCGGUCGUGAUCUUCUUUCUGGUGGUGGCAUUCCCCUUUGAAGGUCAUGGGUUUUGAAUUUUGAUUGAACUAACUUCGUUGAUUGUGGUGUUUCCCCUUUUGGUUCUUCUUCCUAGCGGUGACUGGCGUUUGAAUCUCCUUGAAUAAGUGGGUUUUGCAGUGAAAUACUCCCUUGAUAUGGUAUUUUAGGGCUUGAAUCUUUUUCUGGUUCCAUUGGUUUUUGUAGGGAUGCCAUUCCCAUUCUCUUACAAUGUUGCCAGAAACCAUCUGAUUUAGCUCUUUUCUAGCUCUGUAUUGCUGAAUGCAUAAGCACUAAUGAUGGUUGAGUGUACAUAAACACUGAGUGGGGCAAACCUCUUGAGCAAAUUUCUGUAGAAGCAUAUAACAUUAGCUGAAGUUUUCUAUCUUGAAGCCGUUCGUUAUGUACAUUCUACAUUAAUGUGAAUUCUAACAUAAUGAGACUUCAAUAAGAUGUUGUUUCUGAU